AUGGAUCCCAGCAAAUUGGAGAAGUCGACACCUUCGAACGACGACAACGCGUAUGACAUUCUUACCCGUUAUCCAACAGAGCAGCAGCAUCCCACCGAGGAAGAUUUUGUGCAGCCAACGGGCUGCGGCAAGAAUGCUGCGCUGCAGCACACGGUCAGCAACGCUCUAAGCAGAACGUACUCUCGGAUCACCAACCGAGAUAUCAUCGAUCCGGGUCCGGCACCUGAUGGUGGCGUCAAAGGAUGGACCCAAGUCGCCAUGGCGUGGCUCGUCUGUAUCACGACCUGGGGCUAUGUGAACUCGUUUGGAGUCUUCAGUUUACUGACAUCUGCUACCGACACGUACUAUAGAGAGACCCUGGGCGAAACAGCGUCGACUAUCUCUUGGGUAGGCUCUGUCCAGCUAUGGAUAAUAUUCGUUGUCAGCGUCUUCUCUGGCCGUGCUCUUGACGCUGGACUAUUUCUGCCGACCCUUUUUGUUGGCUCGGUGAUCCAAGUGAUCGGAAUCUUCACCAACAGCCUGUGCACGGAGUUCUGGCAGCUUGUACUUGCCCAGGGUCUAUGUACUGGACUAGGGAGCGGUAUCAUAUUCUGCCCUGCAAUGGGCAUAGUCACGACUUAUUUCGAGAAGAAACGUGGACUUGCUGUUGCCAUUGUUAGUACUGGGAACAGCGUCGGUGGUGCUGUCUACCCCUUAGUUGUUCGAAGUUUGCUGCCCCAGAUCGGCUUCGCGUGGACUGUGCGUGUGCUCGGUUUCAUCAAUGUGGCCUGUCUCGCUUGUGCCCUGGCAUUCAUGCGUCCACGACUUCCGCCGCGCAAAGCAGGUCCGCUCAUUGAGUGGCAGGCUUUCCGCGAAGUGCCUUACACCUGCAUGGUCUGCGGUAUGUCUCUGGUGUUUGGCGGACUGUUCUUCACCUAUUACUACCUCGGUUCUUAUGGGCGGGAUGUCAUAGGUAUGUCGUAUGAGGAAUCUACAAACCUGGUCGCAAUCUUCAACGGGGUCGGCAUUCCUGUGCGUUUACUUACAGGGUGGGUGGUUGACAAGUACGUUGGACCCCUCAACGGCAUGGUACCACUCCUAUUCUUCAAUGGAAUCUUCGCCUUUGCUUGGAUCGCCGUCAAGUCACGCACCGGUCUCUAUAUCUUUGCCUCAUUGAAUGGCCUCUCGGCGGGCGCCUUUCAGUGCCUGUUCCCCACGACACUCACGAGCUUGAACAAGGACCUCUCCAAGAAUGGUGUGAGAUUGGGGAUGGCAUUUAGCAUCUUCAGCUUUAGUGGCCUGACUGGUCCACCGAUUGGAGGAGCUUUAAUACAAACGAAUGGUGGCGGGAAAGAAGGGUAUAUGUCAGCACAGCUUGGAGUUGGGUUGGCGACCAUGUUGGGCACGAGCUUGAUGGUUGCUGCUAGAGUCUACAAGGCGGGCUGGAGGUGGGAUAUAAAGUGCUGA